GGCCAGAGCGCACUGGUGACGUGGCUGUCACGUGACCAAGAGCCGCCUAGAGCACAAGUCCUGCUAGUCGCCUCCGUCUGGGUACCAGCCCCCUAUUACUCUGCAGGCGUGUGAAGAAAGAAGGAAACUAGCUCGGACUGUGCAGGUUUGUAGGUCUGUUGGCCUGUAGGUUUCGGCACAAGUCUCAGCGAGAGAAGGAGAAACUGCCUUGGUUGGAACCUUGCAGAUUCAUCACAAGAGAGCUACAAGAGCCUAGAAGAAGCUAAAGACGGCUACCCUCCAUCCUUACUCACCCUGGACCUGAGAGACCUCUUCAAUCAGGUGGAGCAAGGCCCUCUCCUGUCCUGCCCCAAGGCUGGCACGGACUUGAGCAUGGGCCGGGCUCGGGAAGUGGGUUGGAUGGCGGCAGGACUGAUGAUUGGGGCUGGUGCCUGCUACUGCGUUUACAAACUGACCAUAGGAAGAGAUGACAGUGAGAAGCUGGAGGAGGAGGAGGAAGAGGAGUGGGACGAUGACCAGGAGCUGGAUGAGGAGGAGCCUGAUAUUUGGUUUGAUUUUGAAACUAUGGCUCGGCCCUGGAGUGAGGAUGGGGAUUGGACUGAACCUGGGGCCCCAGGUGGCACUGAGGACAGGCCCUCAGGGGGAGGCAAGGCCAACCGAGCACACCCAAUAAAACAGCGGCCAUUCCCCUAUGAACAUAAAAAUACUUGGAGUGCUCAAAAUUGUAAAAAUGGCAGUUGUGUUCUGGACCUCUCCAAGUGUCUUUUCAUUCAGGGAAAACUGUUGUUUGCUGAGCCCAAGGAUGCGGGCUUUCCAUUUAGCCAGGCUAUCAAUAGCCAUUUGGCCAGUUCUCAAAUGCCUCCAUGUGUGAGGGAUCACUUCAGCUGCCUGCUGUGGACAAAGAACAUCAAAUUACAGCUAUUGUUGCCUGUGGUGGUCUCCCUGUCCAAGCAGGACCGCUUUGCAGAGACCAGACGCAUAUCGCAGCUUGAGCUGAAAAUGCAUUUGUUGCAGCUUAGGUUGAAUUAUUUUUCGCUUACUUUCUUCUACACGCGCCUGAUGGAUAGUGAACCUAUUCAUCAAAAAGUGCACUGCUCUUCUGUCUAUUGUACUGACUUAACCCCUUCCACCCAAGUCCGCAUCUGUGUGUAUCACGUACAAAGCUUGGAUUGGCAGAAAAGAGUCAUGGUCCUGUCCUUGAGUUUACAGUCUGCACUUCGAGAGAAGGACAAAAAAGCACUUAUAAACGCCAGCUGA